UAUCGGUGACGCUAGGUGCUAGCAGAAUUGUAUUGGGCCAUUCAAAUUCCUUUACGAAACUCCAGCAGCCACACCUAUAUAGGUCUCUUUGAAGUUAAAAACCCUAGCCUUCUUCACUUUUGCGAUCACUGGCAAGCGGCUGAAGCAGAAACAAUGGCUGUUCCUUUGCUCUCCAAGAAGAUUGUAAAGAAGCGAGUAAAGAAGUUCAAGAGGCCCCAGAGUGAUCGAAAGAUUUCUGUGAAGACAAACUGGCGAAGGCCUAAGGGUAUUGAUUCAAGGGUCAGGAGGAAGUUCAAAGGAUGCACUCUGAUGCCCAACAUCGGUUAUGGAUCAGACAGGAAAACUCGCCAUUAUCUUCCCAAUGGAUUUAAGAAGUUUGUCGUACACAAUGUCAAGGAGCUUGAACUUUUGAUGAUGCACAAUAGGACUUACUGUGCUGAGAUUGCGCAUGAUGUAUCGACCCGAAAGAGAAAGGAGAUUGUUGAGAGAGCAGCUCAGUUGGAUGUUGUUGUUACCAACAAACUGGCUAGGUUGAGGAGCCAGGAGGACGAGUAAACAAUUUUGCUAUAUUAUCAUGUUGAUCGGAACAAGACAUUAUGCAGUUGGAUCAUUGCAGAAUUAAUUUGUUUGGAUUGAAAUUUGAAGGUUAUUUUUUAAUCUAAAUCUGUUUACUUA